AUGGCCACCGCCCAGCGCUUCCCCACGCUCGUGCCGCUGGAGCAGCGGAGCGGGGCGCCGUUCCAGGUGCUGGGUGACAGCGCCAAGCAGCCCUACUGGUUCCACAGCGAGUACCUCAAGAGCCCCAAGGCGGUCCGCCUCGAGGCGUGGCUGGUGGAAGCGAUCUUCGGUGCCGGCGGAGAGCACAUCCCGCACGUCGAAUGUGUGUCGCAGACCCUGCUUCGCGUUCACCAGUGGGACCCUGAAGGCGAGGCCGAGAUCUUGAUAUUUGGCCGGCCUUCUUACCAAAAGGAUGUGUCCAAGAUGAUCAUGAACUUGGCUCACUAUCACCGCCAACUCCGGUCUCAAGAGAAGGCGACCCAGCGCUCCCCCGACGAUGUCCAGGAGAAGGCGACCCAGCGGUCCCCCGAGGAUGUUCAAGAGAAAGCCACCCAGCGAUCCCCCGACGAUGUCCAGGAGAAGGCCACACAGCGGUCCCCGGAUGCUCUCCAGGAGAAGGCGACCCAGCGGUCCCCCGAUUCUGUGCAAGAGAAGGCGACCCAGCGGUCCCCGGAUGCUGUCCAGGAGAAGGCGGCCCAGCGGUCCCCCGAUGCUGUCCGCGAGGUGGCGACCCAGCGGUCCCCGGAUGCUUUCCAGGAGAAGGCGACCCAGCGGUCCCCCGAUGCUGUCCGCGAGGUGGCGACCCAGCUGUUCCCCAACACAGUCUAG